AUGUUCCUCCGCCGAGCAGCCCCGGCGCUGGCAAGACGCGCCGUCUUCCGCCCAGCCGCCACACGCUCUUUCGCCACGACCGUCGUCCGCUCAGCAGAUGCCCGCCCCGACUCCGGCAACCCGAAACCGGGUCAAUCAGACAGCCUCAUAACACCGCUCGACAACAUCAAGUCAGAAUCCGACCUCCUCCCCCCCGGCGCCGCUCCCGGUACCGUCCCCACCGACCUUGAGCAAGCAACCGGUCUCGAGCGUCUCGAAAUCCUCGGCAAGAUGCAGGGUGUUGACAUCUUCGACAUGAGGCCGCUCGAUGCGAGCAGGAGAGGGACCCUCCAAGACCCAAUUGUGGUGAAAUCCUUCGGCGACGAACAAUACCUAGGCUGCACCGGCAGUCCCGCCGACUCCCACAACGUCCUCUGGCUCACCGUCUCCCGCGACCGUCCCGUCGAGCGAUGCCCGGAGUGCGGAUCGGCUUACAAGAUGGAGUAUGUGGGGCCACCGGAGAGCCAUGAUGCUCACGGGCACGGUCACGGCGCACACGAUGUGCAUCUGGAUGCGGAUGGCGCGCAUAACUAUGCGGGCGAGCCGAAGACGAUGGCGGAUUAUGUGCGGGCGGAGUACAGAUAGACAAGAUAGUGUUCUGAGAGUGACAGUGAGCGACGGUGCAGCCAGCGGUUAAUGUGCUGGUAAAG